AGCACACUGGACCAGCACAGUCUUGUGUCGGCACUUGGCCAGUCAUCAUUGAUACAGACGAGGAGCAGCAGCGCGCGAUGGUGGCACAAACUGUCGCCUAUGGCUACUUGCUGGCCUAUGUGCUGACAUUGAUCUGCUACCCAGGCGACGCCUAUCCAGCCAGCGCCAGCUACCGAGAUUUGGAUAUUUGCAAUCACUGGGAUGGCAGGCGGCACUUCCUGGAGCUGGGCAGCCCUGCGGGGGAGCUGCAUGCCCGCAAUGUGACCAACACGGCGUAUAGAAGCUCUCCGCUGGGCUUCAAGAGCGAUGCUGUGGCAGGGGAUGUGUGGUACCAGUGCAACCUGGAGCUGGUCACCUGCGCCGAGUGCGUCAUUCGCGUGACCUUUACCCACGCGAACUUCUCCAAGAGCUGCGGCAACACGGGCGGCAAGUCCAGCAUGUGUCCCUGCGAGCAUAUUCAGUUCUCGGAGCCUCCCUACGAUUCCACCAUCUCCGGGCAGGAGUUCUGUGGCGAUGGGAAGGUAUUUCGCAGCAAGACACGAACCUUGCAGCUGAAGUUCUUCUACAGAGCCACCAAUGCCCAUGUCUUCUCACUGCAAUACUUUUCCGAGCGCAACGUGAGAAUUGUGAGUGGUUCGCCCAGGCAGUCGAUCGUGGGCAAUGGGAAUUCGAAGUACCAGCCGCAAGUCAUAUCCACACCGUACUUUCCCAUGCCGUAUCCCAGGGAUUAUGGCAUCGAGCAUAUACUCACCUGCGAGGCGGACAACUGUCAGGUGCGGCUGGACUUUACCGACUUUCAGCUGGGUCUCUCCUCCACCCUGGAGAUCUUUGACUCCAAUGGCCAGAUGCUGGACUCGUACACGGGCGAACACUUUCGUCCGCCCAUCACCAUCAGCAUUGGCAAGUCCCUGCUGCUGCAGUUUCGUGGCAAUGCUGCCACUGGCGUGGGCUUUCGUGCCGAAGUGAGCUUCGUUUCAUCCAAGCAGAUCAAAGAGGAGCGCCUAGUGCCCUACACAGAUUGUGGUGGCAUGGUCACGGGACCUGGUGGCGCCAUCACCAUGAUGAACAUGAUUGAGAAUGCCACAGAUGUGCGGCUAUUCGAUUGCAUUUGGAUCAUCAGGCCGGGCAACAAUUACAUGAUGAUGAAGACUCACAUCUCGCUGCGCGUGGACGACUUCUAUGGCAUGGCAGCGCGCUCUGAGCUCACCAUACGCCAGGGCACCACCUCCGACGGUGUGGAGAUUGAGACUGUCAUGUGGCCCAACAAUGGACUGAGCAAGGAGAAUCACAUUGCACCCAUACUCACGGGCUACUACAUACGCCUGCGUGGGGUCUUUGGGAUGCCCUCCAAGCUGGCCAUUGUCUACAGCGUUUUCAACUAUUUGAAUUGCUAUAUUGGUUCGGAAUUUCUGUGCGGGAAUAACCAUUGCAUCUCCAUACGUCUGCACUGCGAUGGAUUCGAUCAUUGCGGCGAUGGCAGCGAUGAGCCGGACACCUGUGAGGAGGAUUGGGCCCAUCUGCAUCACGAUCGUCGCUGGUACUCCCACAAGCCAAACUAUUACUUCCCCAAGAUGGAUCAGUAUCCGGAUCUGAAGACAGCCACUGGCAUCUUCAUCGUCAGCACUUUGGGCAUCUUUGGCGUACUCUCCGGCUGGAUGGUGAUCCUGUAUCGAAUGGGUGUGAGAGCGCGGCAUCAGCGGGAGCUUCAGAGCCACUUGCAGACCAUCAGCGAACUGCUGGAUCGCCAGGAUGAGGAUCGUACACCGGAUGAGCCGCCCAGCUACGAGGCACCGCCCGACUAUGAGGAGGUGAUCAAGAUUGGAAUGCAGCAGGAGCUGCGGGAGCCACGGCGCCAGCGUCGUGCCCGUCGCCAGCCAAGGGAUCGCAGCUGCACUCGCGCUCCCAGCAACUGCACCGUGCAGUCCAUGCUGCCGUUGCAGCACAGCUGCAGCCUGGACAGGGAUCAGGAUCAGCCGAGCACCUCAGCGGCAGCCAUGACCCAUGCUGUGGCCGCCACGGACACCACGCAGGAUGCAGAACAGAGCCAGCAAAUGGCCCAGCGGAUGCUUUUGGCCACGGCCAUCUGUGGCACUGCAGGCACGUCUGGCCAGGCAGCAGCAGCGAACCAAUCAGCCACGCGCCAAUCCGUGGGGGUUUCAACGAGCCCGCCACCGUUAUCCGCUGGGCGUGAACUACCCACAGCCGGUGGGUGCGGAGCGGAGGCGCAGCCAACGACGCCCAACAGUGCGGCGGACGAUGGCACCGACGGUGCUUUCCGAGAUGGAGGUGACUCUCUCAACAUAUCACUCACUCUAGGCUUGCCCUCCACCACGCUGGGCAGUCCACUCACCUCUGCCCAGCAGCAGCAUAAUCCCAAUCCGCAGCAGGAACAGUCCCAGUCCCAGAGCAACUGCACGGAGCACACGUACCUGAAGCGCUCCUGGCUGCUGGUGCAUCAGCCGCCGCAUGGUCCGAGCUAUCGGGUGCAGCGACUGCGGCACACCUUCUCCUCCCCGGAGGCGUUCACGCCGGCCCACGAGCUGCAUCUGCCGUAUCCGGACUUUCUCAGCUACGGCACCAAUAUGCCUCACGAGCGCAGCAGCAGCAACUUUGGCUCCGAACUCUCCCGUGAUCCCUCCAGCUACAGCAUUGGGAAGCGGGCACGACUUGGCGCCGCUGGAGAUCAAAGCGAAUCACAGACGGUGACGCCCGAAGUGGAUUGCUCCAAUGAAACGCUGCAGUCACCCAUGACGGAGGAAACGUUGCCCCACAUGCAGAGCGAGAGCGAGAGUGAGGCGGAGCAGCAAGUGUCCUGCUUUGGAACUGUUUCCCAGCGACCCAAGCGUCGACGUGGACAUGUGAGAAGUCGAUCUUUUAGCAAUACUCGUGGUGCCGGCAGACGUCGCCUCAUACAGCGCAGCUCCUCGGCCGAUUUGCUGAUGAAUUAUGCCACCAUGGCGGUGUCCACACCGCAGAAACGAGGGGAAGGCUUGCAGCGUUUAUUUUUCAUAUAAAAGAGGUUUGGAAAGGGAGUGGAAGUGGGAUGGGAACGUUAGUAUUAUAUAAGAUCUGGGUGGGUCCUACUGGAGUGGGGAAGUCUCUAUAUUAUAUAAUCCACUUGUGGAAUAAAGCAAAACCCCCAUUUAGUUAGCAUUUUA